ACAGGAAGAUGGCGUCUGGCGGCGGCGGCUGUAGUGCUUCGGAGAGACUCCCUCCGCCUUUUCCCUGUCUGGAGCCCGAGUCCGAGGGGGCGGCUGGAGGGUCUGAGCCCGAGGCCGGGGACAGCGACACUGAGGGAGAGGACAUUUUCACCGGCGCCGCGGCAGCCAUUAAGCCCCACUCUCCAAAGAGAAUUUCAUCUCUUCCUCCCAUCAACAGUGGCUCCAAAGAAAAUGGGGUUAAUGAAGAACAAGAUCAAGAGCCACAGGAUCUCUUUGCAGAUGCCACAGUGGAGCUAUCCCUGGACAGCACUCAGAAUAAUCAGAAGAAGAUACCAGGAAAAACACUCAUUUCCCUCCCGCCACAGGAAAACACACAUUCUUCUAAGCCCCAGCCAAGCUAUGAAGAGCUAGAGGAAGAAGAACAGGAGGACCAGUUUGACUUGACAGUUGGUAUAACUGAUCCUGAGAAGAUAGGGGAUGGUAUGAAUGCCUAUGUAGCCUACAAAGUUACAACCCAGACGAGCUUACCAAUGUUCAGAAGUAAACAAUUUGCAGUGAAAAGAAGAUUUAGUGACUUCCUGGGUCUUUAUGAGAAACUUUCAGAGAAGCACUCUCAGAAUGGCUUCAUUGUCCCUCCCCCACCUGAGAAGAGCCUCAUAGGAAUGACAAAAGUGAAAGUUGGGAAGGAAGAUUCUUCUUCAGCAGAAUUUCUUGAGAAACGAAGGGCUGCUCUAGAAAGGUACCUUCAGAGAAUUGUGACUCAUCCUACCAUGUUACAGGACCCUGAUGUCAGGGAGUUCUUGGAAAAAGAAGAGCUGCCACGUGCUGUGGGGACGCAAACAUUGAGUGGCGCUGGUCUCCUCAAGAUGUUCAACAAAGCUACAGAUGCAGUUAGCAAAAUGACCAUCAAGAUGAAUGAAUCAGACAUUUGGUUCGAGGAGAAGCUCCAGGAGGUGGAGUGUGAGGAGCAGCGCCUACGGAAACUGCAUGCCGUGGUAGAAACUCUGGUCAACCAUAGGAAAGAGCUAGCACUGAACACAGCCCAGUUUGCAAAGAGUCUAGCCAUGCUCGGGAGCUCCGAAGACAACACAGCAUUGUCACGGGCACUCUCUCAGCUAGCUGAGGUGGAAGAAAAAAUUGAGCAGCUCCACCAGGAACAGGCCAACAAUGACUUCUUCCUCCUUGCUGAGCUCCUGAGUGACUACAUUCGGCUCCUGGCCAUAGUCCGUGCUGCCUUCGACCAGCGCAUGAAGACGUGGCAGCGCUGGCAGGAUGCUCAAGCCACACUGCAGAAGAAGCGAGAGGCUGAGGCCCGGCUGCUGUGGGCCAACAAACCUGAGAAGCUGCAGCUGGCCAAGGAUGAGAUCGCAGAGUGGGAGGCUCGAGUGACUGAGUAUGAAAGGGACUUUGAAAGAAUUUCAACAGUAGUUCGAAAAGAAGUGAUACGAUUUGAGAAAGAGAAAUCCAAGGACUUCAAAAACCACGUGAUCAAGUACCUGGAGACACUCCUGUAUUCACAGCAGCAGCUGGCAAAGUACUGGGAAGCCUUCCUUCCUGAGGCAAAGGCCAUCUCAUAAUGGAUCAAGGACACCAGAGCCCACCUGCCUGACGCUGCCUUUUUAUACUGUCCUCUUCUACUUCUGAUGGACCCAGUGAUGCAUCCUGCCUAGUUCAGACUUAACACCCUCCUGCCUCUCCCUCCAACCAAGCUAUCCCCAAACAUUCUAACUGUAUUUAGCUUCUAUAUAUAUUUUCUUACCUAAGAGAAUAGUUUCCUGCUUUAAGCAAAGACCUACAAUAGGUGGCGGAAUUACGGGGUAGGAGUCAGAUAUUGAUAUAAAUAUAUAAAUACAAAUGUAUAUUUUUCAGGAUGUGGUUUAGGAACUGGGAAUAACGUUUUCUGUUACUCCUGAUGGUGCCAUGAAAAGACUAUGUAAUAAAAUAUUUUCAAAUCAGG